UUUCAGGGUGAGAACCUUUGGUUUGAGCUCCAAUGGGCCCCAAACUCCAGCGGUGGAGUCGCGGGGGCCGCGCGACCCCAAAAACGUACCCGCCGAAGCGGCGGCGCCUUCCCGUAGCCGGUUCUUCCCGGGGGCCUCCCAGGGGCCCGAAACGACCGGGGCCCCGUCCGGCGUCCCGCCUCGACCGCGCCCGCCCGUUCGCAAGCCGCCAAUCCCUUCGGAAGUCCCCGAUCGGCCCGUGUUUCUCGAAAGUCGCGACGGGUCAGAAAAAGGCCUCCUCUAAGCCUAAGCUUCCAAGGGCGGCUCGCUCCGCCCUUGGAAGCGAAAAAAAGGCCUCCGCUGAGCCCGAGGGCCCCGAAGCCGGCGGGGCUCCCGCCCGGGGUCCCGGCGCGAACGGCGCUCCCUUUCCGAAGCCGCGAGUCCGCUCAGGACCGUUUAAAUUGCCCCGUGGUUUGGCAAAGGUCGCGAAGGGUCGCGAAAGGCCUCAGCCGGGCCCUGAGUGCCCUGCCGGGGCACCGUUCGAGGGGCCCGCGGGGCGACAGCUCCGCUUCGCUCCGCGCGGGCGCUUUGGGAGUGCGGAGGAGGAGGUCCAGCCGGACGCUCGGACGCCAGAUUCGCCCCGUCCGGCGCCACGGGAGGUCACGGAAUUUGACCUUAAAGUCGAGAAGGUCGACGCGGCCCACUGA